GCCCUAGGCCGUCAGGCCACUGUUGGGAGUGCCGGGCCUCGGGGGCGGCCCCGUAAGUGGGGCUUUGUGCGUCCCCCGUGCCCGGCGGGCGGUUGGAGGGACCCCCUGUAACCAGGCGGGUGUCCCGUGGGGUCCCCACCCUUUCACAGGCGUGGGGCUGGGCGUGUGCCCUCCCUGUCCUCGGGGGAAGGCCGAGCUCCGUGGCUCCCUGGGCGUGGACCCACCUGUAAGCAGGGACCGGGUCUGGGAGCCUUUGCGCUCCCUCAGCUGGCAGCCUGUGCGGGGCGACCGCCCCGUUAGCGGGGAGCGGGUCAGGUGCCCCCGAAGCGGAGAGGAGGAGCCUCCGUAGGCCUUUGGGCCCAGGGCCCCCCUGUAAGUCGGGGCCAGUGCCCUGGUGUCCCGGGCGCUUUGUGGUCCAGGCAGCGGCCGGAGGCCCCUGUAAGCAGGGCGGCAGCCUCUUUGGCCGCUGCUUCGCCUGCCCAGCUGGCUUUGCCCAGAGGGCCCGGCUCCCCGCAGCGGGUGGGACUGCGCCGUGCGUCGCCGUGGUGAGUCCAAGUGAAGCUUGGAGAGUUUUGUGGAAGUGGGGGGGCCUGUGGGUGGGCGGGGAGGGGCUUGGAGAUGUGCCUCCGGGGGCGCGGGGUCCGGGUUGCCUGCGUACGGAGGAGCCGGUGUUUCUCGGGCCCACCUGCCUCCUCCCGCCCUGGCAGAAGCCGUCGGAGAAGACAGCGGAGGAGGCGUCGUGCGGGACGGCAGCGCCGACGCGGGAAGACGCCGCGGAGCCCUCCGAGAAGAAAGCGGAGCCGUGGAGUUGGACGGCGAGGCAAGAGCGAGAAGAAGAGCGUCGGCUUCGCGCUCAAGAGGGGGCGGGAGAAAGGCCCUCUGGGCAAAGGCCCCUCCCCGGCAUCCCCGGGGCAGGGAUCCCUAAGAGUCCGGCGGGCAGCUUCCGGCUGCGCCCGCCGGCUUGGCGCUGGGCGACCUCCCUGUAAGCAGGGCUGGGUCCUUUGCCUUGCUUGGCGUUGGCCUUUUGCCAUCGCGCUCCUCUGGCUGCCCGGAGAGCGGGGCAACCGCCCUGUAAGGAGGGUGAGAGUGCCCGCCUCCGCGCCCGAGGGGGGAAACGGAGCUCUCCCGACCCCCAGCCCACCCUGUAAGCAGGGCAGGGCUUUUUCCCUUGGCACCUUCGGUGCCUGCUGGCGGUCCCUGGCCAGAGUGACCCCCUGUAGUCGGGGCGUGUCACAGCCCGUGUCCCUUGCCCCUCAGCGCGCUGAGGCCCUUCUGGCCCGUGCGCAGCCCGGGGGCAAGCCCGAGGCUCUCCUCUCCUGCUCGGCGGCAGGGCUGGCUCCCCACGGGUUGGCGCACAGAGCUUGCUCCCUCUUCUGGGACGUUCCCCCUUUGUGUCCUUGUCUUGUCGGUGUGAGUGAGCGAGCGAGCGAGCGAGCUGGUCCCUCCUGUAGCCCCCGUAGAGAUGUAGGCAGCGUAGCUUAGGCUUCCCAGGAGGGAAAGAGGGGCUCUGUGCAGCAACCGGGAGGCGCCCUCGAAGCCGGCGGGCGGAGAGGGGGCCCGGCCUUGCCCCUUCUUCCCCAGGACAGAGCGAAGCCCGUUAGUGGCGGUGCAGGCACCGUGACCCGCCUGUAGCCAGGGCCUGGGCGUGUGCCUGCGCUGCGGGGCUGCCUGUCCUGCUGGCGAUGUGCCAGCGUGAUCCCCCCAGCCCGUCCUCAGGGCUGGGGCCCUGUACCCCCGGCCCUAGGC